AAUUGUUUUAUCUUCCAAACACCAAUUAACAAAUAUAUAUCUUCAAAAUGCAAACACAAAUGAAAAUAGAAGAAUCUGAAAUCUCACCUAGCUUCAAUUGUUACUCUUCGGAUAGUUUAACAUCCAAAGCUGUCGAUAAAGUCAUCCGUGAAGAGCACGCUCGACUUAACGAAUUUGGAUCAGGUGUUGUGGAAGGCAACGAUUUUGAGUUUUCGGUGGUAUUUAGCGACGAAGAGGAAGUAUGGGCUAGUUUUCCUGUUUUCAACCGUGAUAUUUUGUUAAAUGAUGAAAUAAAUAAUAAUAUUUCUAAGGAUGGUUCUGCUUUUAUAACAACUUCGUUAGGAAACCUUUUUAUUGAUAAUGAUCAAGAAGAAUCGUCUUCGUCGUCAUCAGAAGUUGACGAAUUGGAAAAUAUACCUUCUGGCACAUUUUGUAUUUGGAAGCCUAAGACUACCAAGGACGGUGGUUCGUCACCGGGUAUGAGUAAAUGUAAAAAGAGUAACUCAACGGGAUCAACUGUAUCUAAAAAGUGGAAAAUUCGGUGUUCAUUCAAGAGGUGUAAUAGUGAAGGCAAGGAGCCCAUGGUGUCGUUGCUAACUCCUCCUCCUAACAGUAAUAAUAAGAAGAUCGAUAGUAGAACUAGUCCGAAACGAAAACGGAUUAUUUCUGGCAAGUUAAAGACGCAAACUCCGGUUCACGAAUUGUUUUACGUGCAAAGACGAGCCGAGAACGAAAUGGGUAAAAAGAAAUCGUAUCUACCGUAUAGAAAGGAUAUGUUUGGUUUGUUUGCAAAUGUCAACGGCAUGGGCAAAAUGCUCCCUUUCUAGUCUUACUUUUAAAUAAUCUAACUCGGUUUUGUAUAUUUCUGAUCAUUGUAAAUAUAUUUCGAUGAGAUUUUUUAA